AUAUGAGCUGAUUAGCUGAUUUCGUGUGCUUGUGCGUCGCGAAGUUUGUGACUUGUGAGCGAGCAUGGAGCGAGCGAGCGAGUGCCUUCGUCAUCGUUUGCUGAAUUUUAAGUCAUAAAUUGCAGUGUAGGGUGCUAAAAUUAUGUUAACGAAGUGAAUAAUAAAAUUGGUGAUGUUGGGCUUAGGCUUAUUGUUAUUUCGCAAACAAACUGUUAAAGAACACAAUUUUGUAGUAAUCCGUCGAAAAUCGAGAAAGCUUCAAACGUGUUUGAAGCUUUCGUUUUUGCAUUAAUGGAACUAUGAACCUGGACCCUUUAACGUUUAGCUUAUCGCAAAUCAAUUAUCUCGUUGUAAAUUUAAGUAAGAAGAACUUCAAGCAGACGAAUCAAGAGUUAACUCAGCUGGUUAGCAUAUAUGGGCUGGAAGCAGAAAAUCAACUCUUGAGGUGCUUGCUCACUGAAGCAGCCAAGAAUUCUUGGGACACUGAUCGUCAAGCAAAUACUCCUAACAACAGCAUCCACGCGUCUUUGCUCGCACAGCACCUAGCGUCCUUGCUCAACCAUCCAGCCAAGUCGACAGUCAUUUGUCGGGCUGUAGAUCAACCCAACAGAACUCUACAGAAGAUAUUAAAACCAACAAAUACUUUACUGAAUCGCCUGUCAAGAUUGUUAAAGUUAACCACUGCUGAGGAUGUUGCCCUUUCUCUGGUUCUGAAGAGGAACUCGUCGAAAUCUGAAAUUGUAAACUUAUCCAAGCAACAUCUUAAAAAGAGAUUCUUAGAUCUCGUACAGUGUUACCUCGACGCAGAGCGCGGACAUCAAGUGGAGCGUGCCGGACUUCAGGAAUGCAGCCCUGAAGUGUUGCAAACUCUUCUGACUAAUCUCGCGCAUGAAAACUUUCGGUUAGCCGCAGUGACAAAAGACUUGUUUUUGAAUAAGUUGCGAGUUGAUUUUCCUCGCGAAGUAGUGCCCAUAGUGCUCGCGCCGCUACUUUACCCUGACGACACACAGACUCCUCUCGAGGAAAUGACUACAGCUGACGACAUGGCCGCAGCCAUGAUGGAUAACUCACUAGCUGAGAUCAUCCGAGACAUCGGCUACUCCUUCACCUCAUCGGUAGAGGAAUGCAAGAACAACAUGCUAAACUUUGGCGCUCGGGAGCCCACUGCAACAGAUGUGGCUAAAAUCAUAUCGACAAUUGUCAGAUACCACACAACCGUCCAAGAUGGACCACCUAUACAGACACCAGGGAACUUCUGGGUCGGCCACGACGUCAAGAAAGAACCCCUACCACAAGGACACGGAGAAUCAUGGAAUGCAGAAGUCUUAGUGCAAACACUAAAAGAACUCGCAUCUAACCUGAACUGGAAAGAGGUCAUUCUACAACUGGACCACCCCGAGUUUUUCGUACCUGAUCGGCAAGGACUCAGCUUGCUGUUCACGAUACUGCGACUCGGCCUACAAAGUGCGGGUUAUCCUUCGAACAUAUUCCCUGUAGAAUACUUGUGCCGGCGUUGGACGAAUUUAGAGGGGCAAAUGAGUCUCAUCACGAAUAUACUCAAGUAUCCCGAUAUCUUCAGCUUCGCCGAUCAUCCAUUCCACCCAGUAUCUAUUGACUUACUGAAAUCACCUCCGGAAGCAGACAACAAAGACGUGGCCACAUGGCGAUGUCUUUACCUGGUCGAGCUGUUGUUGUAUGCGUCAGAGCGAGGUUAUUACAUUCAAGUACAGGAACUAUUCAAGAUUCCUUUGCAAUACUGUCCUGAUGUUUUGAUGCUGGCUUUACUACAGAUUAGUCCACCAGUAAAUGUUGUCAGACAAGAGCUGUUCUCAACAUUGAUACCAAUAUUUUUGGGCAACCAUCCUAAUUCAGGAAUCAUCUUGCAUCAUGCUUGGCACAAUCAGAAUCCUAAUAUUAAGGCUGUCAUCAUGCAUUCAAUGGCAGAAUGGUACAUUCGUGGAGAUUGUGAUCAAUCAAAACUUUCAAGGAUCUUAGAUGUAGCACAGGAUUUGAAGGCAUUGUCAUUAUUACUAAACGUUCAAUCUUUUCCCUUCGUGAUCGAUUUAGCUUGUUUGGCGUCUCGAAGGGAAUAUCUGAAAUUAGACAAAUGGUUAACGGAUAAAAUCAGAGACCAUGGAGAAGCGUUCGUAUCCUCAAUGGUCAAAUUCUUACAAAGAAGAUGUCCACUCGUACUUGGCAAGGGACCAGAAGAACAACUACCGAAAGCAGCUCAACUACCACAUGAGACGAUUGCAACGAUGUUGGCUUGCUUGCAAUUAUGCAUUCCUAACGUACAACAAGAGCUGCAGGAGGCGAUCUGCAAUGUGAUUGCUAACUGUCAAACCCUCAUUCUAAGUAAGACUCGGCAGACUAUAGCCGGAAUCGCUCGGCCACACACCAGAGUGUUGGAGACGCCCUUCAACCCGGCGGGAUUAGGCGGACAGCUUUUCCCACCUCAUGUAGAUUCCAUCACUAAUUUGACUCCCAACGUUGCAAAUAUGACCCUAGGGGCCCCUGCAAAUACUGCGUUUGCAAUGACUGGUACACUGGGACCUUUAGUUACUACACCUGGAUCUCCGUCACGACUGAUGGGCGCCGGGCCAAAUAGCCCUUUCGCAAUGAUGCCAUUACAACAUAACGCGAACGUUGCCAACAUGGGACUGGCUAGAAUGGCUCCUGCUCCGGCAAUGGAUAAACCACGUAUUCCAGAUCCCAUUCAUUUCCCUGAGAUGAUGCACAAUGUCGCAAAAGAGAUUGAGGAUGAAGCAAACGGAUAUUUCCAAAGGAUUUAUAACCACCCUCCGCAUCCAACUCUUUCUAUAGACGAGGUGUUGGAUAUGCUAAAAAAGUUCCAGGAUUCACCAAACAAACGAGAGCGUGAAGUGUUCUCUUGUAUGCUACGGAACCUCUUUGAAGAAUACAAGUUCUUCCCUCAAUAUCCAGACAAAGAACUUCACAUUACAGCUCAGCUCUUCGGAGGUAUCAUCGAGAAAGGACUUGUGCCCAGCUAUGUUUCGCUCGGUCUAGCUUUGAGAUUCGUUCUCGACGCGUUGAGAAAACCGGAGGGUUCUAAAAUGUAUUACUUUGGAAUAGCAGCUUUGGAUAGAUUCAAGUCACGUCUGAAGGAUUAUCACAAAUACUGCGAACAUGUCAGAGCCAUUCCCCAUUUUAGCGAAUUCCCUCCGCAUCUCAUCGAAUAUGUAGAAUAUGGACUGCAGAGUCAAGAACCGCCUUCAAAGCCCCAGGGAGCUGUGUUACCUACAAGCCUCGCUGCGAUGCUGAACCAACCUCCAGUUGUAACUGCGACUGCUCCUUACAGAGCAACUCCAGCGAUUUCGGUGAUAUCGAAAGUCGCCAACUGCACGACCGGCGGCAUGGGAAGUCGGCCCUCGAUCGCGAACGCCACAAACAUUGACACGCUGCUCACGGCCACUGAUAGGGAAGAGAAGAUCAACGCUCCUCCUGAACCCAUACAAGACAAAACUGCUUUUAUUUUCAACAAUUUGAGUCAACUUAAUUUGCAAACUAAAUGCGAAGAACUCAAGGAAAUAAUCACGGAUGAAUAUUAUCCUUGGCUGUCACAAUAUUUAGUCAUGAAGAGAGCGUCUAUCGAGCUCAAUUUCCAUGCUUUAUAUUCCAAUUUCCUUGACGUUCUUAAAAUUCGAGAUGUCAACAAGAUGGUCACAAAAGAGACUUAUCGUAAUAUCAAAGUAUUAUUGCGCUCAGAUAAAGGCAUAGCAAACUUUUCUGAUCGUUCACUACUGAAGAAUCUCGGUCACUGGCUUGGCAUGCUGACAUUAGCGCGCAACCAGCCUAUUCUUCAUGUGGAUAUUGACCUCAAAGCCUUAGUGCUUGAAGCCUACCAUAAAGGUCAACAGGAACUUCUGUACGUGGUACCAUUUGUCGCCAAAGUCUUAGAAUCAUGCGCUAAAAGCAUCGUUUUCAAACCACCAAACCCCUGGACGAUGGCUUUGAUGAAUGUUCUUGCUGAAUUACACCAAGAACCCGAUCUAAAACUGAAUUUGAAGUUCGAAAUAGAAGUGCUAUGCAAGAAUCUGGGCUUGGACAUAGCUAAUCUAAAACCGGCUAUUUACUUGAAAGAUCCCGAAAAAGUCAGACAGAUUGAGUUCCAACUGUCUCAACCUAAACCAAGCAAGGAGGCGGCGGCAGUGGUACCAGUCAACCAGGCCAUAGUUCAAGCUCCACCAAUGCAGAUGAUGCCUCCGCAGCCUCCGAUGAUACCAACAGAUGACAUGACUGUCACCGCUCCGACGCCCACGAGCGGCCUGAUGGGCGACCCGAACCUUAUGGGAGUCAUCGGUCUUCCCGAACCCAGAUUCAAUUACUUGGACGUGAACGUCUCCUCUACAUCUGCAUUUGGUCAGAAGAUUUGCUUCAAUCCGCAUAUUCUCCUUUUCCAAAACUAUCCACACUUAAAACAGUUUGUCAAGCCCGCGAUCGAGAGGUCGAUUCAGGAAUGGAUCCACCCUGUGGUGGAUAGGUCAAUCAAGUAUGCUUUGACUACGUGUGAGCAAAUAAUAAGAAAAGAUUUCGCAUUGGACCCCGAUGAAGUAAGAAUGCGUACCUGCGCGCAUCACAUGAUGCGUAACCUGACCGCUGGCAUGGCGAUGAUCACGUGUCGCGAGCAGAUCAUUAGCACCAUCAGCACCAAUCUCAAGGGUGCUUUCGCUACCGCACUGAUGCCCUCCACACCCCAACAGAAGGAGGUAAUAGAAAGCGCAGCUGCUGUUCUAGCUACAGAAAACAUGGAGUUGGCGUGUGCGUUCAUCCAGAAGACUGCAGUUGAGAAGGCGCUGCCUGAGCUGGACAAGCGGCUACUCAGCGACUACGAGAUGCGUAAGCUGGCGCGGCAGGAAGGGCGACGGUACUACGAUCCCAUGGUCCUCUCGUACCAGACCGAGCGCUUGCCUGAGCGUGUCCGCCUCCGCGUCGGAGGGCCCACGGACGUCCAGAUCACUGUAUAUGAAGAGUUCGCAUGCAAUAUCCCUGGCUUUACGCCCGUACGCGACGUUGGCUUGUUCAUACCCAAGCCGUCAGCUCAGGAGCAAAUGUCUCAACUGUCGUUCAGCCAGGUCAUCAACCCGACCCAGGUGUAUGGCACAGACGAGAUGGGCGCGUUGAUUACCACUGCCGAAGUGUUCUUAGCGAACUGCCUCGGUGUCGCCUUCCUCGCGGUACAAGCCGCCAAUAUGCAUUCUCUACUCGAAUGCCUCUGCAUCGCAAGAAGAAACCGUGACUUUGUAUCUGGAUGCGCUUUACUGCAAAAGGCGGUGGAGGGUUUACUGGACGGGCACAUCGUGCAGCCGGGCGCCAAUAGCGAACACGUCGAAAUGAUGACUCGCUACCGGGACAUCCACCUCCGCGUGCUCAAGCUGCUGGAGGAUGCGCGAGUCUAUGGCCACGUGUGGACUACAAAACAGAUUACUUGCUGCCUCACUGAGUGCCGAGAGGAGCUGCGAUACAACGUCGAAGCUGUCGACUGCCUCAUCCGGAACCAUCUGAUCAACUUGCCCCAGUAUGACCUUGCCCUCGCGCAUAUGAUGGACAGCGGCAACAACUACAUGGCUGUUGCCUUUGCUAUGCAACUGGUCCAGCUUUACCUGGUCGAUGAUAGGAACAACAUUUACGUAAAUGAGUCCGACUUGUACCACACCACAGAGACCCUUGUCAGGGUCAUGUCACACUCCAGACAGCCCCCACCUGAAGGACUUGGCUCCUUAAUCGAAAUGCUCCGUGUGAACCAAGACCCUAGCGCAUACCUUGGAGAGAGGUCUCCAUUGGGCCCAACUGCGCAUAUCCACUCUGGAAUAUUACAAGUCCGGUCUCAAAAUUAUGACGACCCACCUGGCCUACAAGAGAAGACAGAGAAUCUUCUCCGAGAAUGGAGAAAUGUGCUUCUAAGCCCCUUGACCGAGAUUGAACUAGCACAGAAUUUCAACCUCUACGUUCACCGCAUGAACAUGAACGGAAUUCUGAAAUCGGACGACAUGAUCACGCGAUUCUUUAGGAUUGCGACACAGAUGUGUGUUGAGAAUGUAUACCAGCAGUUGAACGAAGACAGGAUGAACACACCACCUAUGCCCCCAAAGAGGGACAAGUAUUACGCCAUGUGUGAUUCGUUUAUCAAGCUGGUAUCCCUUCUAAUCAAGAACACUGCUGAUGGUGGUAAUCCAACUCCGAAACUGAACCUGUUGAACAAGAUCCUCGGGAUCAUUGCUGGAUGCCUGCUUCAAGACCACGAAGAGCACAGUACCAACUUCCAACAGCUGCCGUACCAUCGACUGCUGCUCAUUCUGUUCCUAGACAUGAACAUGGCUGAACCUGUUCUUGAAUCUAUGAACUACCAGGUUCUUACUGCAUUCUGCCAUACGCUGCGCAUCAUUCGCCCGAGCGUGGCGCCAGGUUUUGCCUACGCAUGGCUGGAGGUUGUCGCGCACCGUGCUUUCAUCAAUCGCGUUCUUGCUGUAACACCACAACAAAAAGGCUGGGGAAUGUACUCGACGCUCCUGAUCGACCUGUUCAAGUUUCUAGACCCGUUCCUACGCAACACAGAGUUGGCUACUCCCGUCAUGAUGCUGUACAAGGGCACGCUCAAAGUGCUUCUUGUGCUCCUUCACGACUUUCCUGAGUUCUUAUGUGACUACCACUACGGCUUCUGUGACGAAAUCCCUCCAAACUGCAUCCAAAUGAGGAAUCUCAUACUGUCCGCUUUCCCUCGCAACAUGCGUCUCCCUGACCCCUUCACUCCUAACCUGAAGGUGGACUUGCUAGCGGAGAUCACCCUGCCACCCCGCGCUGUCAUCAACUACGCUACUAUUAUCCCUGCAUCUCAGUUCAAGAAGGAUUUGGAUGCGUACCUGAAGGCUCGCGCCCCCGUCACUUUCUUGUCAGAGCUGAGAGGCAACAUGCAGGUGUUGAACGAGCCCGGCCGCCGGUAUAACUGCCAGCUGAUGAACGCCGUGGUGCUGUAUGUGGGCACGCAAGCCAUCGCGCACAUCAGGGCCAAGGGCCAGACUCCCAACAUGUCCACCAUUGCCCACUCCGCGCACAUGGAUAUUUUCCAGAACUUCACUGUCGAUUUCGACUUCGAAGGGCGGUACCUGUUCCUGAACGCUAUUGCGAACCAGCUGCGCUACCCGAACAGUCACACGCACUACUUCUCGUGCUGCCUGCUGUACUUGUUCGCGGAGGCCAACUCCGAGGCCGUGCAGGAGCAGAUCACCAGGAUGUUGCUCGAGCGACUCAUCGUGAACCGGCCGCACCCGUGGGGCCUGCUCAUCACCUUCAUCGAGCUCAUCAAAAACCCGAUUUACAAAUUUUGGUCUCAUGAGUUUGUGCAUUGCGCACCAGAGAUUGAAAAGCUCUUUGCGUCUGUGGCGCGAUCCUGCAUUGUAGACAAGACGGGUGCGGGAGGGGGGGAACGGGAGAUAGCCGAGUAGCGUCGCGCCAAUUGGGAGUCUCUCCGGCAUAAGCACAUGUAUAAAGGCUAUGCCGAGAAAGGCUUCCAAGGCGAGGCAGGACCUAGCCAGCCGCCGCAGCCACAGCCGUCCACUUCUGGCCAGCCCCCCAAGCAAGUGUUGCAGUGGAACAAACUCUUCCAAAAGAAGUAAAUCAGUGACGAACAAUUUAUUGUACAUAUUAUAAUUAUUGUAGUUGUGAACUCUUGUACAUUUAUAAAUUGAUUAUUGUCAUUACUCAAUCAGUCUGGUUAUUGUCUCAAAUAAUGACGGUUUUUAACUAUUGUAUUUAAAAUUUGUAUGCCUGAUUUAAAAAUAUCACGUCUAGUCGCAGUUUUAAAUAUACAUAUAUAUAUAAUAUCUGUAAACUAUAUUACCAACUAUGUAUCCAUUUUUACCAAGUUUUGGUAUAUAUUUGACGUAUUGUAAUUCGAAAAGACUUUGUCUGUGAAAUUGUAUAAUUCAUGUACUUUAAGAUUUUAGGUAUGGAUCAAUAAAUUAAUGUGAUUUCAAUAUGAUAUAUAUGUAAGUUCGAUGUACAUACGAACGAGGUAUACCGGGACGCUGGCUUGUACUCAUCGCUAAUGACACAUGAUCUUGACUCAAAUAUUCCUGAUAUGGACUGACUGCACCGUAGUUCGGACAUCGGAUGCUUCGACAAAAAACAUUAACGUGAUUUUACUAAAUUUUGUAACGUAGCAGGCUGUUGCCUUGUGACAAAAAUAGUGUAGCAUGCAUAUGGACUGAUUGCUGAGUGCCAGUAAUAAUAACGGACAAUCACUAGUUCGGUGGCCGAAUUAAAAUAAAAUUGUUGCGUGUAGUGCGCUUUGUUCUCGGGACGAGCAUCUUAUACUGUGCUACAAGUGUGUGGGUUCAAUAAGGACGAUAUCUCUUGCUGUUCACCUGCGUGUAUUGCACGUCGCACUAAAUGAUUAUAACGUGUGUACUGGACAAUUUAAAAUUUUUAAUAUUUCUUCUAUAUAGUAUCAGAACAAUAACCUCUUUAGAUUGCAUAAAUUUAGCAAUUCAAAAUUGUGUAAAUUUAGCAAUAAAAAUUGAAUUUUAAUUAUAAAUUCUAUAAUAAAUAAUUGAAAACUCGAAGUUACAUUAGUAGUGAAUUUGUUCACGUAUGAUUGAAAUAGGGUUAGGCGGUUCUAAGUGGAUAGUUGAUGGUGGACGUUUCAUAGUUGUGUAUGUAGUGCCCACUUGGCGUGCAACGGGUGGCUUAGGUACGUAGGUAAGAUUUACGCGGCGGUAUCACUCUAGUACGGUGUCCUGCGGGGCCGAUCUCGCGAUGGAUAAGCUGCAUUUUAAAUCCGUCUGCCGAUCGGACUCGCAGCACACCCAACUCACUUAUUUUAAGGCAAAUUACACUAAGUGACACAGAGCUAGCUCGUCGAAUUAAGUAAAUCGACUGAUUAAAAGUAACCGCUAAAUCGAUCGUUAGUUUUAAUGAAAGCAUGUAUCUUUAAUUCGACGUAUCUUGUAGAUUUUAUUAUAAUACCGGCGUGCCGCUAUGCUACUGUUGGUUUAAUUUUAUAACAUUUUAGUGGUAAUUAAAUAUUUAAUAAGUUUUGAUGAGCGUAAGUUCAUGUUGUAAAGUUUUUUAGGUGUGACUUGAACGUAAUAUAGUAAUGUACAGUCCGAUGCGGGUGGCGCGGUAUGCUCACCGUGAUCUCUGCCUCUCUGCCGGGCUAAACAUAUUAGAUUUAAUGCUUAAAAUAAAAGUUAAAUUUGCAUAAACAUAAGUCAAGUCAUGUAAUUACUUUUUCUAAAGAAUGUGUUUAACAAAAGUAUUUUUCCAUCAACUUGUUUUUAUUUACUACAACCCUAUAAACCCUUUGUGAUUGUAAUGAGGUUCGUUUUUAUAACUAGCAAAGCUAGACUUAGUUGUAAACACUGCAACAGAGCUCGGAACAAGGCAGCAUUGAUGAUUUGAGUACAUUUGUGAAAUAUAUAAUUAUAGAGCAUG